AUGGAUAGUAGUGAUCUUACCAUCAAAGAAAUUACACGGACCACCAGACGACAAAAAACAACAAAAGCUAUACUAAAUUCACAGGUUGCUGAAUCAUCACAGCCACAGCCAGCACAAAUACCAGAGGAAAAUGAAGAGGAUCAAGGUCAGAAUGAACAGGAUAGCGAUGAACAAAAUAAGGAGAAGGGAUCAAAGAGAAUAAAUGAUAGGGAGACUAGUGGGAAAAAAAAAAGAAUUGGAAAGAGGAAAGCAACAACUGAGCAAACAGAAAGAGAUGAAGACGAAGAAGGAGGAGAUGAUGAGAGAAAAGGAAAAACAAAAACUGGAAAGAGGAAAGCAACAACUGAGCAAACAGAAGGAGAUGAAGUAGAAGAAGGAGGAGAUGAUGGAAAAAAAAAAGAGAAAAUACUUGAAAACUGA